UGAAAAGGAAAUUCUCAAAUACAAUCAUGAAAUUUUGUUCAUCCGGGGCAGAUUGUGGAUGACUUUGUAAUUGAUGUUUACAUUACGGAACGAAGUGGAUUCACUCUUCUGGACUCUAAGUCACCACAUAAGGUAGGCGAGAUAGGCGAUGUCGAUCCUUUGAGUGGAUAUGACGAGGAAGGAAAUGUUCCGAUUGACAUUGAUGUCAGGCGAAGCAAAUAUCAAGCUAAAUUGACAUUCAAACCCUCACAAACUCAGCAACGUCGUUUGCUUAUGAUUCCCGAAAAUGAUCGCAAAAUGACAGUGAUCUAUGAUGUUACGAGGGAAGAGCUCGGAGGAGAUAUUCAAAUAAGAAAUGGAUAUUUUGUUCACUAUUUUGCGCCAGAAAAUUUACCAGUUCUUCCGAAGAAAAUUGUAUUUGUGAUUGACCGCAGUGGAUCAAUGUCUGGCACUAAAAUGACACAAACAAAAACAGCUUUUGAAACUGUUUUGAAAGAAAUGUCUGAACUUGAUGAAUUCAACAUCGUGACGUUUGCAAAUGAUGUCACAUUGUGGCGAAAAAAGCUAGUCAGCGUAACGGAACAAAAUGUAAAUGACGCAAUUAUUUACGUCAGAAACAUUAGAGCUAGAGGAGGAACCAAUUUAAAUGAUGGAUUGUUACGAGGCGCCAAACAAUUGAAACAUGUAAAACCUGGCGACAGGGUGUCUUCUGCAAUCAUCACACUAUCAGAUGGUGAUCCCACCUCUGGUGUAACGGAUGAAACUAAGAUACGAUUGAACGUCAAAAAAGCUGUGAAAGGAAAAUUCUCCGUUUUUUGCCUUGGAUUUGGAAAAUAUUUGAAUCACGAUUUCCUGAAACGUAUGGCAAAUGAAAACGACGGUAUCUCAAGACAAAUUUAUGAAGAAUCAGACGCUUCUUUACAACUGGAAGGAUUUUUCAAAGAAGUUGCCGCUCCUCUGUUACUCCGUGUCCAAAUGAAUUACUCUGGAUCAGCGGUCUCUGACGUCAGCAAAACGAAUUACGAGAAAUACUUCCGAGGAUCGGAAGUCAUGGUAGUUGGUGCAAAGUUGGAUCAUGACAAACCACUUAAAUCAACAAUCGUUGGGACGUCGGUCGAUGGUGACGUUGAAUACAGUGUAGUCAGUAAUGAAUUCGAUGAAGAUUAUCAACAUUGGUAUGAAGAUACCGGUGAUUUCGACGAUUUCAUCGAACGAAUUUGGGCCUAUUAUACGAUUAAGGAGAAACUCAAACAAAAACUUUUUGUAAAGAGUGAUGCGGAGGUAAAGAAACUCGUUGAUGAAGCUAUGACACUAGCACUAAAAUAUCACUUUGUGACUCCAUUGACAUCAUUGGUUGUUGUAUUACCAGAGGAUGAAAUAACGACUACUCCGUCAACCUCAACGGAAUUUCCUCCUUUACCACCAUGUUGGGACAGGGGCCAGCCAAUACCGGAUUAUAUUAUUGAACCACCUAUUUUGUGUCCCUAUGUUAUUGAUGAAGAAGCAGAGGCAAGCAUUCCGUCUCAUCAGCCAAGUCCAGGCAUCUCACCUUCACUACGCAGCGGUCGAUAUAUGGCUGCACCAGGUCCUGCUGGUAUUCAGCCAAUGCCAGCAUCGCUUGGUAGAAUUUUUCAUGCCAGUGCUCAGAUGAUGCACUACAGCCCGCAACAAGCAGGCAUUAUGGAAUAUGACAGUAUGUACGGCUAUAACGAUUACUAUUCUGCUCCAACUAUCGAAAGAGCUAGCAACUGCAGUGGCACCCUUAAUAGCAACAGUGGAAUAGUCUCCAUGCCUGGACUGAAUCACUCAUUGAGCACAGUGUACUGUGAAUGGGAUAUCCAGUUGCCUGAAGGAUCAUGGAUCGAUUUAAAGGUGGAGAAAUUGGACAUGUCGUCAAAUGAUGUUGUCAUCAAGAGCAAUCAACAAGAACUUGUGAACUACCAGCAUGGUGUUAAUACCGCAAAAUAUUUUUACAUUUCUCAUAACGAAAUCAGCGUUGUAAUGACCGUGUAUCCCGAGGAAACCAAACAACAAGGAAUUGUACUGAGUUACCAAAUAUUCUCACCUAAUGAUUCACUGCCUCAAUCACCGGGAAUCGUUCCACCUUCGAAUACAAAUGAGCGCGCUAACUGCGGCCACACAAUAACCCCGUUGGACGGAGAAUCUGGAUUCUUCAUGUCACCAAAUUAUCCUUCAGCCUAUCCCAGUAAUUCACACUGCUCCUGGCGAUUCGAAAAUUUUGACUCAACAAAGAAUUACAAAUAA